AUGGGUGAUGCCAGGGAGGUACUCCGGCAGAGCAACAUCAGAGUUAUGCAGGCUGAAGCAGCUCUGUUGGCCAUAGAUGAUAAGAGACUAGCGCUAGAGGAGCGUAUCACCCUUCUGGAGGAUCCAGUGAAGCUGGAAGAGAAGAUGAAUUGUAGUGACAACUGGGUGAAGACAAUCCAGAAGACCUUGGUGCUGAUGCUGGAGAACAGGGCCGCUGAGGCCAAGGAGAUGGAAGCACUGAAGAAGGAGAAGGAUGCUCUGAAGAAAGAGAAUGAUGUCCUGAAACUGGAAAAUAAGCUCCUGAAGGAAACUGUUGAGGAACUCACAGAUGGAAAAGAGGAAGAAGACCCUCAAGAGAGGAUGAUGUACAACGCUGAAAACGAAGUUGUGCCAAUUGUUGAAAGGAAGAAGAGGAAGAUGGCUCCCCGCCGAACCAACAAUAGCAACAACAAUGCCAACAACAACAAUGCCAACAACAACAAUGAUGCAGUGCAGCAGCUGAUUGCAGCCCAGGCACAGAUGAUGCAGAUGAUGACUCACAAUUUCGCUACUGGUACCGAGCCUAUUGUGGCAGAUGACUGGCUCCGCUCGGUUAACAAAGACUUGGUUACUUGUGAGUGUACUGAAGCGGAGAAGAUCAGAUUUACAGCUCACUUGCUUGAAGGACCAGCUGCUAUGUGGUGGGAGACUUACCAAGUCACUCAUCCUGUGGAAACCCUGGACUGGGACACCUUCAGGGAAGGUUUUCGUAAUGCCCAUAUCUCAUCGGGCAUUAUGAACAUGAAGAGGGACGAGUUCCGCACCUUGAAGCAGGGAGGUAGGACACUGAAAGAGUACAUGGAUGACUUAUGUGCUCUAUCCAGAUAUGCUCCUAAGGAUAUAGACACAGAUGCUAAGAGGAAGGAUAAAUUCCUCAAUGGACUCAAGGGAGACCUGAAGAUACCGUUGUCAGUGGCGUAUACCCCCAACUAUCAAACACUGCUUGAUCAGGCCAUCACUUUGGACAACAACAUCAGGAAGGAAGAGAACCGCAAGAGGAAGUUUAACAGCAACAAGAACUACACUGAGUUCUCUCACAAGAAGCACCAUUCUUCUGAGGGCAGUGGUAGCCGCGGUUUUCACCGUCAUGGAGAUCACUACAACAAGGGUAAUGGCCACAACUUUAACGGCCACAACUCCAAUGGCCACAAGUCCAAUGGUGGAUGCAAGAGCAACUCCUCUUUUGGACAUCACAAUGGUCAUCACAACAGCCAUCGUAAUGGCCAUGGCAAUGGGAACAAUGGACAGCAGCAAUCCAACUCAGAUGGCAAGAAAGACUUAUCAGGGAUCAUGUUCUACAGGUGCAAGAAGAAUGGACACUACUCCAACAACUGCCCGGAACUGAAAACUUCUGACACAACCAAGCCCAAUCCAUUCCAGAAGGGGCACGUGAACCACCUUGAUGUUGAAGAGGUGAUGAAUGAACCAGAUGCUGUGAUUGGUACGUUCCCACUCAACUCCUCCACAGCACUAGUUUUAUUCGAUACUGGAGCAUCACAUUCAUACAUAUCAAAAGCUUUUGUGAAUAAAAAUGAGAUAACCACUGCAUUAAUGGGAAGGAUCCUAAAAAUAAGUUCCCCGGGUGGAGAAAUGAUAGGCAAUACUGAAUGCUGGGGUCUGAUUUUAGAAAUUGGGAUACACAAGUUUCCUACUAAUUUAGUAGUCCUACCAUCACAAGGUUUUGAUGUUAUCUUGGGUAUGGAUUGGAUGACUGCCUAUGGUGGAGUCAUAGAUUGUGCCAAUAGAGCCAUCACAUUAACUACCCCAGAGGGUAAGAAGAUUAGGUACAAAUCCCGGCUGGAACCUAAGGAUAUUAGGCUGAACUAUCUUAAGGGGAUUAGCCUAAACCAUCUUAAGGAGGUUAGCCUAGACCAAGUGGCCAUAGUAAGAGAAUACCCAGAUGUCUUUCCAGAGGAAUUACCAGGAAUGCCACCGGAUAGAGAUGUGGAGUUUUUGAUUGACUUGCUUCCAGGCAUGGGCCCUAUAGCAAAGAGACCUUAUCCUAUGUCCACUGAUGAGUUGAAGGAACUCAAAAAGCAGCUUGAGGAGCAGCUGCGCAAAGGAUUUAUCAGAGAGAGUUCAUCCCCGUGGGGAGCCCCAGUUCGGUUUGUUAUGAAGAAGGACAACAGUCAGCGUUUGGUGAUGGACUAUCGAUCACUAAAUGAAGUAACCAUCAAAAACAAAUAUCCCCUACCGAGGAUCAAUGAUUUGUUUGAUCAGCUGGAAGGAGCAACUGUGUUUUCCAAGAUCGAUCUGCGGUCUGGAUAUUUUCAGCUUAAGAUUAGAGAGCAUGGCAUACCCAAGACCGCUUUUGUCACUAGAUAUGGUUCAUAUGAGUAUACGGUGAUGCCUUUCGGCUUAACCAAUGCUCCGUCAUACUUCAUGAAUAUGAUGAACAAAGUGUUCAUGGAAUUUCUUGAUAAGUUUGUCGUAGUCUUCAUUGACGACAUACUAAUCUAUUCCAAGAGUGUUAAGGAACAUGAGGAACACCUUCGUCUAAUUAUGGAGAAGCUACGGGAACAUAAGUUGUACGCAAUGUUCAGUAAAUGUGAGUUCUGGCUGAGUGAAGUAGGAUUUCUUGGUCACGUGGUAUCCAAGGAUGGAAUUGCCGUCGACCCUUCAAAGGUGACUGCUGUGACAGAAUGGGAAACUCCUAAAAACGUCGGAGAAAUCCGUAGUUUCUUAGGUUUGGCUGGUUACUAUAGAAGAUUCAUUGAGAAUUUCUCCAAGAUUGCUAAACCCAUGACUGAAUUGUUGAAGAAAGAAAAUAAAUAUGAGUGGACUGACGCUUGUGAAGCCAGCUUCCAAGAAUUGAAGAAAAGAUUAGUGUCUGCACCGGUGUUGUGUCUGCCUGAUCUAGAGAAAGAAUUUCAAGUGUACUGCGACGCAUCACAUCAAGGACUUGGAAGUGUGUUGAUGCAAGGAGGUAAGGUAGCAGCUUAUGCUUCUAGACAGCUCAAGAAACAUGAAGGCAACUACCCUACUCAUGACCUAGAGUUAGCUUCAGUAGUUCAUGCCUUGAAAACUUGGAGACACUACCUGAUGGGGAAGCGUUGUGAAGUAUUCACCGAUCACAAGAGUCUGAAGUAUAUUUUCACUCAGAAGGAUCUGAACAUGAGACAGAGAAGAUGGUUAGAGCUCAUCAAGGAUUACGACCUGAGUUUGCAAUACCAUCCCGGUAAAGCAAACGUAGUCGCUGAUGCCCUGAGCCGUAAGACUUAUGUGAACUGUCUGUCAAGCAAGGAGUUACCCAAGGAUUUGUGUGAAGCGUUUAGGGAUCUCAGCUUGGAAGUUGUACCAGAAGGUUUUGUAGCGUCACUAGUAGUUCAACCAACAUUGAUGGAUAAAAUCCGAGAAACCCAGAAAGGAGAUAAAGAAAUAGAAGAAGUCAGAAGAGUCUUGAAGGAAGCAUUGGCAGAUGGAAGAACAACAGAGUUCCGUGAAGAUGAGCAAGGAACUGUUUGGUUUGGGAAGCGUAUCUGUGUACCCGAAGACCCCGAUCUAAGGAAGUUAAUUUUCCAAGAAGCCCAUGAGUCUCCAUAUUCCAUUCAUCCUGGUAAUACUAAGAUGUAUAUGGAUUUGAAGGAGAGAUACUGGUGGAAUGGCUUGAAGAAGGACAUUGCAGAGUACAUAGCCAAAUGUAACACAUGUAGAAAAGUGAAAGCUCAACAUCAGAAACCAGCGGGUUUGUUGCAACCGUUGAAAGUUCCAGAUUGGAAAUGGGAUCAAAUUGGUAUGGAUUUCAUAACUGGAUUACCUCGAACCAAAUCCGGGUAUGAUUCAAUUUGGGUAGUAGUCCGUCGUUUGACCAAGGUAGCUCACUUUGUGCCAGUGAAGACCACUUACACUAGUGCAAAGCUAGCGGAUAUCUACACGAAGAGAAUUGUGUGCCUCCAUGGUGUACCCAAGAGUAUCGUGUCUGAUAGAGGUACCCAAUUUACCUCACAUUUCUGGAAACGAUUGCAUGAAUCUCUAGGAACUAGGUUGGAGUUCAGUAUAGCUUUUCAUCCACAGACAGAUGGUCAUACUGAGAGAGUGAAUCAGAUCUUAGAGGACAUAUUGAGAGCUUGUGCUCUAGAUUAUGGAUCUAGUUGGGAUGACAACCUACCAUAUGCAGAAUUCUCUUACAAUAACAGCUAUCAAGCUAGUAUUGAGAUGUCACCAUUUGAAGCCUUGUAUGGGAAGAAAUGCACCACACCACUACUGUGGAGUGGGUUAGGAGAAGGAAGCUUGUUUGGACCUAAUAUUAUUCAAGAAGCUGAAGAGAAGGUUAGACUGAUCAAAGAUAGACUGAAGAUAGCACAAUCCAGGCAGAAGAGCUAUGCUGAUAAAAAGCGCAGCGAUGUUUCCUAUGAAAUAGGCGAUAGAGUUUAUCUCAGAGCUCCACAAAUUGCUCGCCGGAGCGAGCUUGCACGCCGCCACCUCUGGCCGCUUCCCCCGGCCACCCGGGGCAGCCUCUGCCCGCGCCGACGCCACCAGCCGCCACGCCUCGGCCAGGCGCACCUCCUCCGCCCCUUCCCCGCCGCCGGAGACACCCACAACGCCGGCGACCUCCGCGUCCGAGCGCGCCGCCGCCGCCGCGCCAACUCCGGCCGGCCAAGAGUUAUUGUCAGGGACAACAUCCCGAUCACCACUCGAGAAUGGAAUAAGACAAAGGUAGAUGGAGUUAGUUAUGUCGACCAAAGAUCCAAAGAUUUGCUUUGGGAUACGCUCUUGUCACAUUUCAACCUACCACCAGAGUGCAAAGAGGAAAAAGUUAAGUUGAAAGUCAAGGAGCGGGCUCUUAAAAAGAUGGCCACACAAUUCCAGACCUUCAAGAAAAGAUUACACAAUGGCUAUAUCAAGAAGAAAAGAACUCCAACAUUCACUGGACCACUAGAGAAGAUUAAAAAUCACUGGGACGCAUUUGUGGGGUACAAGGAAUCGUUUGAAGCUCUGCAAAGUUAUAGAAGCCAUCAAAGAAAAAAGAAACAGGAGGCAGACCGGUUCCAGAAGAUAGAAAGAAAGAACGAUGAUUAUGAGCGCAUAUUAAUGGGGCAGCAGGAGCAACUAGAUGCAAUUAGCCAGCAAAGGGCAUCUCAGCCGCAGCAAGAUCCUGCAUUCUUUAGUAGCUGGCCAUCUCAGCAGAAAAGCAGGGUGGCUUCCAUGGGGGUCCGGGUUGAUGAUCUUGCACCGAUGGAUGAUGCACCGAUGGCUCGCUACCCCAUGGAUGAUCUCGUGGAGAGGAAAAUUCGGACGAGAAGUAGUGCAAGUGGGAAAAAAGUUCCCCAGCUCGGAGAACAAGAAAAACAAUCGUUGCCCCCACUCAACGUGUAUUCCGAUAAGGACGUAGCAGAAGAAUACAAGGACAUUGCUAGACAUUUUGGUGUGACUGUUGCUCAAUUGAUGGGCAUGGAAGAUUUCCCCAAGGCUGAUGUAGCAUGGAAAUUUGCCCUCGGGGAGCCUCUGGUCAGACCUGAGCAGGUCGCGUAUCUACCAACACAAAUGCGAAGAUUGCAUGACUGUGUAAUUGAUGAGUUAUGCAUGCCUGCGUAUAUAAACGUGCGCAACUUUCAAUGGAUUCUGCUAAGCAUUCAAGUUGACGCUGGAAAAGUUGAGGUCAUGGACCCAUUACAGAAAGACCCUCAGGAGUACGAGAACAUCGUUUUUAUGCUCCAGAGGGUUUGGAAACGGUUCAUCAAGGAGGUUUUCGGUGACUAG